CUUAUUUUUUUCCUGGUUCCAUGGUGCUUGUUGCUGGAAAAAAAAAGCCUGGUGAAGAGUGUGGAGAUGGCAUCAGAAGUUCUAGUCCGUCUCAGUUCAGGGAGCAGCUUAUGGAUCUUCUUAAAACUCCCUAUAACCGAGAGGAGUUUCAAAAUCUUUGGCGAGAUGUAUCUCAAAGAAAACCAGUGCAGGGUGUUAAAGACUUGCGGCAUGGAAGAAUGAAAUCAUAUUCAACCAAAACCGUUGGAAAAUCAUACCUUGAUUGGUACAAAGAUCUAAGAACGACAGUUGAUGAAUUCAGGCCUGAUACACGUAAAGUUUUAUGUCUCUUACGUGGAUUUUUCUUUUGGUUGAAGAAUACGGCUCAUGAAGGUGCAUUUAAACCAUGGACGGACCGGUCGUAUUUGAAAGCUUUGACUGAGCAGAGAAAUAUCUGAACUGAAUCAAUAUUAUAAAGCAAAGGAUGGAAGCAGCUGUAGCAUUGGGCAGGCAUGCAUACUGGUGAGGAUUUUGACAAUUAACGAAUGGUAUGGCAUUCAGGCUUAUUAAAGUAAGUUUUUGUGUUUGGUGCAACUUUGUAAAUCAUGGUGCUUUUGAAACCGACGCUUAUUACAUGUGGCUAGUCUGUCUGUGCUACCACAACUGACCAUUGUUGUUGCAUACUAGUUUCCUUUAAUGUCUGAAUUAAUUGAAUUUCAAUAUUAUUAUUAUUAUUAUAAUAUAUGAUGUAGGACACAGUUGCCUAGUUUUGAUA